CACAAUCAUAGGCUGGCAGGAAAUCAGUGACUAUUUGUCACUCCUUCAAAGAGGAGGAAAACAGUUGGUGGUAGAUAUUCAGUACCAUCAAGUAUCCAACAGAGAGAUUAAAUCUCCUUUUCUCCAUGCCAGGUUACUCAGAGUUCUACUUCAAUGUGGACCAUGGAUACCUGGAGGGUCUGGUCCGAGGGUUCAAAGCCGGGAUCUUGACAAGUGCAGACUAUGUCAAUUUAGCACAGUGUGAGACGCUAGAAGAUCUGAAGUUACAUCUACAGACUACAGACUAUGGCAACUUCUUGGCUAACGAAACUGGCCCUCUCACUAUUUCCACAAUCGAUGAUAAACUGAAAGCAAAACUUCUUACGGAAUUUCAUUACUUUAGAAACCAUGCUUUUGAACCACUUGCUACUUUUCUGAAUUUUAUCACAUACAGCUACAUGAUUGACAACGUAAUUCUUUUAAUAACUGGCACAUUACAUCAGCGGCCCAUAGCUGAACUUGUUCCCAAGUGCCAUCCACUGGGGAGUUUUGAGCAAAUGGAAGCAGUCAGCAUUGCCUCAAACCCCACGGAGCUGUUCAAUGCAAUUUUGGUUGACACACCAUUAGCUGCUUUCUUUCAAGACUGUUUGUCUGAAAAUGACCUGGAUGAAAUGAACAUUGAAAUAAUGCGCAACAAACUGUACAAGUCUUAUCUUGAGGCAUUCUAUAAGUUUUGUGAAAAGCAAGGUGGUACUACAGCAGAAAUCAUGAGACCUAUUCUUGAGUUUGAGGCAGACAGACGUGCCUUUAUCAUCACCAUUAAUUCAUUCGGCACUGAGCUGAGUAAAGAUGACCGAGAGAAGCUGUAUCCAGCCUGUGGAAAACUCUAUCCAGAAGGCUUACACCUGUUGGCCAACGCAGAUGACUACGAGCAAGUGAAGUGUGUUGCAGAUUACUAUGCAGAAUACAAGGCUGUAUUUGAAGGUGUAGGGAGUGGCACUGGAGAAAAGACACUGGAAGAUGCAUUUUUUGAACAUGAGGUAAAGCUGAAUGUGCUUGCAUUCAACAACCAGUUUCAUUUUGGUGUAUUUUAUGCCUACGUAAAGUUAAAGGAACAAGAAUGCAGGAAUAUUGUAUGGAUUGCUGAAUGCAUUUCUCAGAGACACAGAACCAAAAUUAACAACUACAUUCCGAUUUUCUAAAUCUGAGAAUUUAUAAUCCUACAAUGUCUGAAUAGAUGCAUUAUUUCAUAGAGAAGAAGAAAAAUCUUAUUUGAAAAGUUAACUCUUAUCAGAUGUUUUAAAUUGUAUUAAUGAUCCUCCUUAUAUACAGCAGUGUAAAAAAAAGUAAUGUAAUUAGAGACAUGAGUACUUUAUAAGGAAGUAUUAAUGGGCUUAUUCAUAGUUUUUGUUGGUAGAUAUUUUCCCCACUGUGUCCAUUUUAAUUUAAUUGAUCAAUAAAAACUUCCUGUAAGGUCUUAUAUACAUAUUCUUUCUCUUUUCUGGAAGCAAGCUUUCUAUCAAUGACAUUUUAAAAGCUCUUUAAUGGCUUAAUUUUGAAUUAAUGGUUUUCUCAAAGGGCCAACUAAACCACUACUUCUGUCUUACACUAAUGGUCUUCUUCAUGGCAUACAAGAUUGUAUGAAGGACUUAAUGCACAAAUAAGAGAGAAACUUUAGGAUUACUCUGAGAUUCCCCUUAAGGGGAAGAGUGCUUCCUGAACCUUUCUGAGAGACCUCUCUGCAGCUAAAUGUAAGUAA